GCGGCGGAGGCUUCUUCUUCUUCGUCUUUUUCUUCUUCACGGGCUUCUAGCCUGGACGGAGCGGGAUUCCAACAUGCCGUGCUGAAAAGGACGAGGAGGCACGAGAACAGGCGCCAGUAGGGGCUGGGCUCGCGCGCCGUCCGCCCGCCCGCCCGCCUCGCCAGCGGACUAGCGAGGGGCUCGCCUUCACCUCCAUAAGGGGCGGCCGGCCCCCCACCCGCCGGCGGGACUCGCACCUCCGCACCGCGGCCAGGAGGGCUGCUGCUGAGGGGGACUCUGCCUGGGGAUCCGCCUCGACGUCGACUCCCUGCCCUGACUUCGCUCGGGGAUUUGGAUUCUGCCUUGGGACCUUGGAACUUGCAACGAGGAGGAGGAGGAGGGAGGCGGGCUUUAUUUUUUCAUUUUUUAAGGGGGGGUCUCUAUUUUUUUGGAGGGGGUCUCUAUCCCCACCACCACCACCGAAGGGGGAAGCGAUCGGGUUUUCCCCAGCGCCGGAUCCGCGUCUCUUGGGGGGGAUCCGGCGGUGACCGCGAGGAGACGAUGAAGCUGCUGGUGGCGCUGGCUUGGCUAUGCCCGGGCGCGCUGCUGGUGCUGCUCCACCUCGGCGAGGUGGCGCCGCAGCCUUGCCCGGCUCAGUGCUCCUGUUCCGGGAGCACCGUCGACUGUCACGGGCUGGCGCUGCGGAGCGUCCCGAGGAACGUCCCUCGCAACACCGAGAGGCUGGAUCUUAAUGGCAAUAAUAUCACAAGGAUCACAAAGACUGAUUUUGCUGGCCUAAGACACCUUCGAGUUCUUCAGCUCAUGGAAAACAAGAUUAGUACGAUUGAAAGAGGGGCAUUCCAGGACCUGAAAGAACUGGAGAGACUGCGUCUAAACAGAAAUAAUCUUCAAGUCCUCUCUGAGUUGCUGUUUCUUGGGACUCCAAAACUCUACAGGCUGGACCUUAGUGAAAACCAGAUUCAUGCCAUUCCUAGAAAGGCUUUCCGUGGAGCUGUAGACAUUAAAAACCUGCAACUGGAUUACAACCAGAUCAGCUGCAUUGAAGAUGGGGCGUUUAGGGCUCUCCGUGAUCUGGAAGUGCUCACUCUCAACAAUAACAACAUCACACGACUCUCAGUGGCAAGUUUCAACCAUAUGCCUAAACUCAGAACCUUCCGACUACACUCCAACAACCUUUACUGUGAUUGCCAUCUAGCCUGGCUCUCCGAUUGGCUACGCCAGCGACCUCGGGUUGGACUAUACACUCAGUGCAUGGGCCCCUCACACUUGAGGGGUCACAAUGUAGCUGAGGUUCAAAAACGGGAAUACGUCUGCAGUGGUCAUCAGUCUUUUAUGGCUCCCUCCUGCAGCGUCUUGCACUGUCCUUCUGCAUGUACCUGUAGUAACAACAUUGUGGACUGCCGAGGGAAGGGCCUUUUGGAAAUCCCAACUAAUCUGCCAGAAACCAUCACAGAAAUGCGGUUGGAACAAAAUUCAAUCAAGGUCAUCCCCCCUGGAGCUUUCUCACCAUAUAAAAAACUUAGAAGAAUUGAUCUGAGCAACAAUCAGAUCUCAGAGGCUGCACCAGAUGCAUUUCAGGGUCUACGCUCACUAAAUUCACUUGUUCUCUAUGGAAACAAAAUCACAGAACUUCCCAAAGGCCUAUUUGAAGGACUUUUCUCGCUACAGUUGUUAUUAUUAAAUGCUAACAAGAUAAAUUGCCUGCGAGUCGAUGCUUUCCAAGACCUGCACAACUUGAACCUCCUCUCAUUGUAUGAUAAUAAACUUCAAACUAUUGCAAAGGGCACCUUUUCUCCACUCCGAGCAAUUCAGACCCUGCAUUUGGCUCAGAACCCAUUUAUUUGUGACUGCCAUCUGAAGUGGCUGGCGGAUUAUCUCCAUACAAACCCUAUUGAAACCAGUGGUGCUCGGUGCACCAGCCCCCGCCGUCUGGCAAACAAAAGGAUUGGCCAAAUCAAAAGCAAGAAAUUUCGCUGUUCAGGCACCGAAGAUUACAGAUCCAAGCUAAGCGGAGAUUGCUUUGCAGACCUGGCUUGUCCUGAAAAAUGCCGUUGUGAAGGAACAACUGUUGACUGCUCCAAUCAAAAGCUCAGCAAAAUUCCUGACCAUAUUCCUCAGUAUACAGCAGAACUGCGACUCAACAACAAUGAAUUUACAGUGUUGGAGGCUACAGGGAUCUUUAAGAAGCUUCCUCAACUACGUAAAAUAAAUCUGAGCAAUAAUAAAAUCACAGAUAUUGAAGAAGGAGCAUUUGAAGGAGGAUCGGGUGUAAAUGAGCUGUUGCUCACCAGUAACCGGCUGGAGAAUGUGCGCUACAAAAUGUUCAAAGGACUUGAAAGUCUCAAAACUUUGAUGCUAAGGAGCAAUCGCAUCAGCUGCGUGAGUAAUGACAGUUUCACAGGCCUGAGUUCUGUUCGAUUACUAUCCUUAUACGAUAACCAAAUAACCACAAUUGCUCCUGGUGCAUUUGACACGCUUCAUUCCUUGUCUACACUAAACCUCUUAGCCAACCCUUUCAACUGCAACUGUCACUUAGCAUGGCUGGGAGAAUGGCUGCGGAAAAAGCGCAUUGUAACGGGCAACCCCCGCUGCCAGAAACCCUACUUCCUGAAAGAAAUUCCUAUACAGGAUGUUGCCAUUCAGGACUUCACUUGUGACGACGGAAAUGAUGACAACAGCUGCUCUCCACUCUCCCGCUGCCCUGCAGAAUGUACUUGCCUAGAUACUGUGGUUCGCUGCAGCAACAAAGGUCUAAAGACUUUGCCAAAAGGCAUCCCCAAAGAUGUAACUGAACUUUAUUUGGAUGGAAACCAGUUUACCCUUGUCCCCAAAGAACUUUCAAACUACAAGCACUUGACUCUUAUAGAUUUAAGUAACAACAGAAUCAGCACCCUUUCUAACCAGAGCUUCAGCAACAUGACUCAGCUGCUUACUUUAAUUCUGAGCUACAAUCGUCUCAGAUGUAUCCCAGCACGAACAUUUGAUGGCUUGAAAUCGCUCAGGCUGCUGUCUCUACACGGCAAUGAUAUUUCUGUUGUACCUGAAGGUGCUUUUAAUGAUCUUUCAGCAUUAUCCCAUCUUGCAAUUGGAGCAAAUCCACUUCAUUGUGACUGUAAUAUGCAGUGGCUAUCUGAUUGGGUAAAGUCAGAAUACAAAGAGCCAGGCAUAGCCCGGUGUGCUGGACCUGGGGAAAUGGCUGACAAACUGCUUCUCACCACUCCAUCUAAAAAAUUCACUUGUCAAGGUCCUGUGGAUGUCAGUAUUCUGGCCAAAUGUAGUCCCUGCUUAUCAAACCCAUGCAAAAAUGAUGGAACUUGUAAUAACGACCCUGUCGAUUUCUACAGAUGCUCCUGUCCCUAUGGCUUCAAGGGCCAGGACUGUGAUGUUCCAAUUCAUGCCUGCAUUAGCAACCCUUGUAAACAAGGAGGGACCUGUCACUUAAAAGAAGGUGAAAAGGAUGGAUUUUGGUGUGCCUGUGCAGAUGGAUUUGAAGGUGAAAACUGUGAAGUGAAUGUCGAUGAUUGUGAAGAUAAUGAUUGUGAAAAUAACUCAACCUGUGUUGAUGGAAUUAACAACUAUACUUGCCUAUGUGCUCCCGAGUACACAGGUGAGCUAUGUGAAGAGAAGCUGGAUUUCUGUGCCCAAGACCUGAACCCCUGUCAGCAUGACUCAAAGUGCAUCCUAACACCCAAAGGAUACAAAUGCAACUGCACACCAGGCUAUAUAGGAGAUCACUGUGAGGUUGACUAUGACGACUGCCAAGACAACAAGUGUAAAAAUGGAGCGCAGUGUACUGAUGCGGUGAAUGGUUAUACAUGCAUAUGCGCUGAAGGGUACAGCGGACUGUUCUGUGAGUUUUCACCACCAAUGGUCUUGCCUCGCACCAGCCCAUGUGAUAAUUAUGAGUGUCAAAAUGGAGCCCAGUGCAUCAUCAAGGCCAAUGAGCCAAACUGCCAAUGUUUGUCAGGCUACCAGGGGGAUAAAUGCGAGAAGCUGGUCAGCAUAAAUUUUGUAAAUAAAGAAUCCUACCUGCAGAUUCCUUCAGCAAAGAUUCACCCCCAGACCAAUAUCACUCUUCAGAUCGCCACAGAUGAGGAUAGUGGAAUCCUACUGUAUAAAGGUGACAGAGACCAUAUAGCUGUGGAACUGUACCGUGGACGAGUGAGGGUCAGUUAUGAUACAGGAUCAUAUCCAGCCUCUGCCAUUUACAGUGUUGAGACAAUCAAUGAUGGAAACUUCCAUAUAGUUGAGUUACUGGCCAUGGAUCAGAUUCUGUCUUUGUCUGUUGAUGGAGGAAGUCCCAAAAUCAUCAGCAACUUAUCUAAACAAUCCACUUUGAAUUUUGACUCCCCGCUCUAUGUAGGAGGCAUGCCUAUGAAGAACAAUGUUGCUGCCCUGCGCCAGUCUCCAGGUCAAAAUGGCACCAGUUUUCAUGGCUGCAUCCGUAAUCUAUACAUCAAUAGUGAACUGCAGGACUUUAGGAAUGUCCCACUGCAAGUUGGAAUUCUGCCAGGCUGCGAACCCUGUCAUAAGAAAAUGUGUGUCCACGGGACCUGCCACGUGACUAGCCAAUCAGGCUUUGCUUGUGAAUGUGAUGGAGGAUGGACUGGCCCACUCUGUGAUCAGCAAGCCAAUGAUCCUUGCUUAGGAAAUAAGGACAUGCGGGAGUCCUCUGUGACGAGGAUGAAGAACUGCUUAACCCCUGCCAGUCCAUCCGAUGUAAACACGGUAAAUGCAGGUUUUCAGGCCAUGGGAAACCGUAUUGCGAGUGCAGCAGCGGAUACACUGGGGACGGCUGCGAUAAAGCCAAAUCCAAUGAUUCUGCUCCUAGUUUUAUCACAAACUCUACUUUUGACCUCUCAUCUUCAACUGAUUUAUCACAGCGAAUUAUACAGAAAUCUCUUGUCGAGGCGAACGAAUCAGAGAUUACUUCCAAAAGCAGCAAGGUUAUGCCGCGUGCCAGACGACCAAGAAGGUAUCGAGACUAGAAUGCAAAGGAGGGUGUUCGAGUGGGCAGUGCUGUGGACCAUUGAGGAGCAAGAGGCGGAAAUAUUCUUUUGAAUGCACUGACGGGUCCUCAUUUGUGGACGAGGUCGAGAAGGUGGUGAAGUGCAGCUGUACAGAGUGCCCCUCCUAAACAUGCCCUAUUUCGCUCCACUUUUGUCUUUUUUUUUUUUAAUGUUGUAUACUUAUUGACCGUGUCUUGGACUAAUUAACGCUUCAUAGUGGAAAUAUUUGAAAUAUAUUGUAAAAUACAGAACAGACUUAUUUUUAUUAUGAGAAUAAAGACUUUUUUUCUUCAACUGCAACAAAACAAAAAUAAAGUGCUUGAACUGAGACUUCUUGUUCCCAAGAGGAGUUUUGAAGGAAAAGAGAGAAAAAAACAAUAAAAAUACCUGGUAACAUUUCAACAGUGAUGGAAAACCUAACAACUUUUAACAUCAGCCCUUCUUUGUAACAUUCUGAAGAUAUACAGGCACUUUGCUCAAGGGACUUUCAACCCUACAAUCUUAUUGAUGAAAAAUCAACCCCAGAGUCUGCUUUCUUUUUUUACUUCCUUAACUAGUUUUUCAUUGUCGUCGUUUUUGGUUUUACUCUCUUGACAAGGUCAUAUCAAACUCUUCCAGGGCGUGCAAUGAAAAGGCACAAGGUGAACAGAAAUCUUUUUUGUGCAAAUUUAUAUUACGCGUUUUGUACGGCAUAAAAUAAUCAAGUCGGGGAAAAUGAGACAUCUUGCCUCCUUAACAGAAGAGAAUUCACCAUAACCCUAAAAAAUCUCCUGAUAUAUUCUUUUAUGUCGGCAUGUUAGCAAAAGAAGAAAUUGAAUGAGUGUUUUAUCUACCCUCUUCCAGUAUUAAUUUUUUUUGUAAUAUAAAAGUUAAGGGGAGGAUAAAAAAAUAGAUUAUUGUUGGGAAAAUUAGGUAUAAUAUGGAGUUUUGUUUUUUAUGAGUUCUGAGCAACUCUAUACAGUAUUCGGUUUAUUGAGAAAUAUUUAUUGUAUCAAAGUACACUGUACUUAACAUUUAGGCCACCCCUUUUACUGUUUUUUUCUCAAUGCUUUAAUAUAUAUUAAUUUAUAUUUGUCCUGAUAUUUUUGUAUUUCCUGUUGUUGUUGGGGUUUUGUUUUGUUUUUUAAAAGAAGACUUAAUCAGGAUAGUUGCAAUAGGACUAACAUGGCAUGUUCUCACAGGGUAAAUAGAUUUGGUCUGGGGUUUUUUUCCCCCUCCUUGGCAACCUAUCAUCUGCCUGGUGUCACUCAAAGAACUGGAUGCCAGAAGCAACAACAGGUUGUGGUUUUCAUGAUAGCAGGGGCAUCUCCCAAGUCCUUGUAACGAGUGAGUGAAAGAGUCUUUACAGUAGAUGGCAAAUGUAUAGAAGUGAGCCUUUCCCUGGUAUACAUUGCUUUGCAGAAAAUGAAAUGAUGUGUAGAAACUGACACUAGAAAAGUAGACCUUUGCAAGCUAAUAUUCCCUUGGAGUUCCUUCCCUUUAAAUUUUUAAAAAAGAGGCUGUAUUACCAAGAACUGUGACUUUUCCCAAAUAUUAAAACUACUUUACUUGUCCUAAUGUUUCCCUUUGUUAACAGUUUUUGCUGCUAAAUCACAAUAUAGAAUUGGUAAUAAUUCUUCAUAGUUGGUUGUGUCCUUUUUUCCAGUAAAUCUCGGGGUACCCCGUAAUGGGGGUGUUUUUUUUCAAUUUUUUUAAAAAAGAAAAAGUUAGAUGUACAUGUGUAAUACGGUGUUUCUUUGUCUUAUUUGGACUGAUAUCAGUACCUUUACUGAUGUUUGUAAAUUAAACAGAUAUUUACUUCA